GUGAUGUCCACAGUGGGUACAAUUCCUGGUUUCGUUGGCGUCUCUUUGACUGGUUACAUACUGGAGAAGACCCACAAGUGGUCUGUCGUCUUUUAUGUGACCUCGGCCCUCAACAUAAUUGGUGGUCUGUUCUAUCUAGGCUACGGAUCAGCGGAGGCUAUUGUUUAA